GUCAAAUGAAAAAAGAGACAAAUAGUAGGGAUCAUUUUUACCCCUUGUCUCAUCUCCCACAUUAUAUAUUUUCCUUGCAUUCACCAUUGUUUCACUUGCAACUGGUACUUUCUCUUAUUUUCAUUUUAUGCCAAUCUCCAGUCAAUCAAUCAAAUGCUUUACCUCCUAAUUUCUUGUGUCUCGUUCAUCCUUAUUUCCAAGUCCUUCACUCACAAGCCAAUACAAGCAUGGGAGGGUAAGCUAAAAUUGAGUUCUUUUUGGUUUUGGGGUGAGUUUUCAAGUUUUCUUGUGUCCUGGUUCCAGAAAAGUAGGCUUGCUAUUGAGUUGUUCCAACCCAUCAUCUGCAAAUUGAAAAAGAUGAUGACUUUUAGUUCAAGAGUAGAGAAUGUGGAGGAGAGAGACAGUCUCUCUCUCCUGGAUUUGCCUGACUUGACCUUGGAAUGCAUUCUUGAGAGGCUUUCCCCAUCUGGGUUGUGCACUAUGGGAGGAGUUUGUACUUCUUUGAGGGAGAGGUGCAGAGAUGAUCGUUUAUGGGAGAGGCACAUGAUGGAGAAAUGGGGUAGACUGAUUGGGGCUGCUGCCUAUAGAGAAUGGCAAUUACAUGUGGCCUCAAGAAGCAGAGUCAGAAAUAUCUCUGAUCAAACCAAGAAAAAAGGUCCUUUUGAGUCUCUUGUGAGUAAAAUUUGGCCUUUUUCAUGGAUCAGACCAAAAUUAGCAAGUUCUGAUUGCAAAGUGAGGACUAGUUUACCGGUCGAGUCAGUCAUGUCUCUGUAUCUUUCUCUUGAAAGUGGCAAGUUCUGGUUCCCAGCUCAGGUCUAUAACCGUGAGAAUGGUAAUGUAGGCUUUAUGCUGUCUUGUUAUGAUGCACAAGUGAGCUAUGAUUCAAGGACAAACACAUUUCAAGCAAGGUAUUCACCUUAUGGGAGGAGGGCAACAGAGGAUAAUAUUCCAUGGGAUAGACUAAGAGCGGCUCCAGUUGAUACUCCCUCACAUAAGCUUCAUGUCUCUGAUUGUCUGCAUGACUUGAAACCCAGUGAUCAUAUUGAAAUCCAGUGGAGAAGAAACAAAGAAUUCCCUUAUGGUUGGUGGUAUGGUGUCAUUGGUCACUUGGAGUUGUGUGAUGGGCAUGAGAAUCGCUGCCGUUGUCAGUACAGUGAUACAGUAACACUGGAGUUCAGUCAGUACACUCCUGGAUCCAGAUGGAGACAAGUGACGAUAAACAGGAAAGACCAUCGAGAAGAAGGCGAUGAAGCAGAUGGCUUCUAUGGAGGAAUCCGAAAGCUUUACAAUGAGGAGGAAAUUGCAAGGUGGAAGCGCCUCUGGCCUACCCAAGUCCUGGAAUAAGCCUUCCACUCUUACUAAUGACUGCACUGUAAAUAAUUGAGCCCCCUCCCCCCUUUUUGUUACUCUUUUGCUGUGAAUGAUGAGCUUAUAGUCGUAUAGAAGUCAUUCUAAGAGGAUGAAAAUAAUACUCCAUGAUUUUGUUCCCAAAGUAGGAACCUCUAACAGGCAUGGUUGUUGAAGCCCACAUCGGAAAACAGAAGCCUUGCAUCAAAAAAAUUUGUGUCUCGUCACCCAAUAUUUGUUGUCGAUCUUGAGUUGGAUGCUCUAAUUCUUAUUAGGCAGUCACAUACAUGUUGUGUAACUCCCUGCUUUACAUGUUUCUCAUGGUUCAAUGGCUAGUUUUUCUGUGUGUUUAACAUGCCUGUAAGGAAAUAUCAUAUGUUCUGUUAGUAGAAAGCUUGCUGGUUCUCAUUUGGACCAUACUCAUGCGUUCAUGAGCUUCCCACAAAUGAAGGGAUGACCCAAGAAUUUGAAAGAAACUUGUACAUGGAUAAUCUAAAAAUGCAUAUUAUAUAUCUGAAUAAAUUCGAAAUGCAUAUUCUAGAAGAGUUUAUUAUUUU